CGCAAAAACACUCCCGCACAGAUCACCCGCAAAUCACCCCUCGCCGCCCCAGAAUAGCGUCGCAAUGCCCAACUCGUUCGACGAAAGCGACCUGAUAUCGUCGCCAGUCAAGGCCGAGGCGGACGACGAGAGCUUCUCCGCCGGCGGCAAUGCUGCGCCUCGUACCCCUUCUAACAACCAGGGCGGCAGCCGCUUUGGUGCAGCAGAGGCGCGGGAGGCGGCGCUGCGCCGCGAGCUAGAAGGGGUCCGCAACAUCAAUGAGGUCAUUGAGGGCGUAAUCAGCACCCUGGAGAGGGCCAAGGGCAACAUGGGUACCGUCUCCCGCACCGUCGACAAUGCGUCCGCGCUUCUCAACACGUGGACGCGCAUACUGUCGCAGACCGAGCACAACCAACGCCUGAUUCUAAAUCCGGACUGGAAGGGCGCGACAGACGACAUCGAGGCUAUCGAGGCCGAGGCCUUGCAGCGCCAGCAGGCCGCCCAGCGCAGGGCCGCCGAGGAGGAGCGCCGCAGGGAGGAGGUUCGCCGGCGCGCCGAGGAGACCGAGCGACAGAGGGAGGCCGGCGCCGCGUCGGGCUCUUCGCGGGGUGGUACGCGUGGAGUAAGGGGCACGAGGGCCUCCAGAGGGGUGUCGGCGCGCGGCGGGGCCAGCUCGAGCACCGCUUCGUCCCGCGUCUACGGUUCGUCGAGGGCAGGAUCCGGCAUAGGUAGGGGAUUCGGCGCUACAAAAGUAACGCACGGAGCCGCGAGGGGGAGGGGAGCGCAGUGAUGAGCCAGUGUCAACCGUCUGUGUAUUGCCCUGGGCUCGUCUGAGCUCAAUUUGGGAAGGUAACCAACCACGGCAUAUACCCGUCUCGAGCCGAGGAUGAUCUCCUCUUACAUGUACGAAUUCCUCUAGAAUCAGCAGAUACCAUUGUACAAACCUGAACCCAAACUCCAACCCCUUAUCCUGGAAACACGGCCCUGUAUCGGCACGAAGUCCAACCCAUGUCUUAUCAUACAACGCAAGGUUUUAG